AUGGCUGAAUUGUUUGUUCCAAAGAUAAUACAUGAAUUGGGUGAGGUUGUCGUGAACCAGCUCGGGGAGAAGAUUAACCUGGUGAUGGGGGUUGAAGAGGAGGUGGCAAAUAUCAAAAGAAAGUUAGAAACGAUUCAAAAUGUGCUGCAUGAUGCAGAGAGACGAAGGCAGAGCGAGAAACCGGUCGCAAAGUGGCUAGAAGAGCUUGAAGAUAUAACAUAUGAGAUGGAUGAUGUCCUGGACGAAUGGAACAUCAAGAUUCAGAAACCAAAAUAUGAGGGAACUCAUCAGAAGCAGCCUACAUUGCGGAACAAGCGAAUUAUGACUACCCCAAUCAUAGAUGAAUCAGGGAUCUAUGGUCGAGAAUCUGAUAAGGAUGCUUUACUUGACCAAGUAUUGUCUGAGACUAGUAGUAGUCAAGGAAGAGAUGGAGUUCAAAUUAUUUCUGUAGUAGGCGCCGGGGAUGAUGUCUGGACAGAGGAUGACUCAAAGUGGAAACAUUUCCAAGACUCUCUCAAGGAUGGGGCUUCCGGAAGUGUAAUAUUGGUGACAACAAGGAGUCAUAGAGUGGCCACAAUGGUGGGAACAACUCAUACUCACCAAAUGACCCGAAUGUCUGACUCUGAUUGUUGGCUAAUAAUGCAAAGGAUAGCAUUUGCUAGAAAAUCAGGGGACUUAUGCAAGAAAGUGGAAAGAAUUGGGUUAAAAAUUGCAGAAAAAAGCAAAGGGUUGCCACUUGCUGUAAAGACUAUGGGAAGCUUGUUACGGUUCAAAGAUACCAUACAACAAUGGCAGAAUAUUUUGGACAGUGAGAUAUGGCAAUUGAAUGAAGCAGCUGUGAGACUUUUUCCUCAUUUGUACUUAAGUUACAAUGAAUUACCCCCAGAGCUGAAACGUUGCUUCUCAUAUUGUGCUGUCUUUCCCAAAGAUUUUGAGAUAAAUGUAGAAAAGCUUAUUAGGUUGUGGAUAGCACAAGGUUAUGUUCGUCCAAAUCGAAGAGGUGAGCGCUUGGAGCUGGUGGGCCUUGAGUACUUCAACAAUUUGGCAAUGUGUUCCUUUUUUCAAGAAUUACAAGAAGUUGAGGGUUACUAUGGGUUUCAUGAAUAUAUGAAGUGCAAGAUGCAUGACAUAUUCAACGCCAGGAGCAACUCUGAUGAUUUGGCAAUUCUGAAGUACCUGAACCAACUGGAAAAAUUGCGCGUUGAUAUUCAUGGAGAAGUAGAUUUUGGGAGUGUGGAACUUGGAAAGAAAAUUUACCUGUGUUGA